GAGAAAGGUCAGGAGCUAAAGCUGAAAACUUGGUCAUGAAAUCUGUGGGCGCUAGACGCAGAGUGGCGCAUGUUAUACAUGUGGCUCGCACAGCACGUUUUACCCGUGGGGGAACGGCAAGAUACUGGGACUUUAUGGGUUAUUUGUAUGAUUAUUGACGUGUGUGCUAUUAUCUAAGUGCUAUUCAUUAUUUGUAAAUGCCGCUAGCUGAAGCUAGCUUGUGUAACUCACUGUAAACAUGAGCCCCACUUCAAACCCUGGCGCCGUGGCAGUGUCCAAGGCUGCACUGACGGGGGAGGCCGCCCCCACCGUGACUUUAGCCGAACACCUCCAGCAGGUUUUCGUUCAUGUGAAGGUGGGGAACUUGAUUGCAGGGCUCAGCGGUGGAGUAGUGUCAACUCUGGUUCUUCAUCCACUGGACUUGGUCAAAAUCAGAUUUGCGGUCAGUGAUGGCUUGGAGCUCAGACCAAAGUACAGUGGUAUCUUUCACUGUAUGAGGAGUGUGUGGAUGCAGGAAGGACUCCGAGGACUUUAUCAAGGUGUGACCCCUAAUGUCUGGGGUGCUGGAGCAUCCUGGGGUCUUUACUUUUUUUUCUACAAUGCAAUAAAAGGCUACACAAAAGAAGGACGUCAGACUGAGUUGAGCGCAACAGAGCACUUAGUAUCUGCAGCUGAAGCAGGUAUACUGACACUCACCAUAACUAACCCUAUAUGGGUGACCAAAACUCGACUUGUGCUACAGUACGAUGCAGGGUCAUCAGGGAAACAGUACAAGGGAAUGGUGGAUGCCCUGGUCAAGAUAUACCGCCAUGAGGGACUCCCAGGGUUAUACAAGGGUUAUAUUCCUGGUUUAUUUGGUACCUCUCACGGCGCACUGCAGUUUAUGGCCUAUGAAGAGCUCAAAAGAGACUACAAUAAAUACAGAAAAGCGCCUUCAGAUGCUAAACUGAGUGCUUUGGAGUAUAUCACAAUGGCAGCAUUAUCAAAACUAUUUGCGGUGGCUACAACAUAUCCCUAUCAGGUGGUGCGUGCCAGGCUUCAGGACCAGCACAAUAAAUACAACGGAGUUAUUGAUGUUGUCAGACGAACAUGGAGAAAUGAGGGCACAUUUGGUUUCUACAAAGGAAUUGUUGCCAACUUGAUCCGAGUCACUCCAGCGUGUUGCAUCACCUUCGUAGUUUAUGAAAAUGUGUCUCGGUUGCUCAUCACUCAACCUCAUUGAGGUUUCUACAUAAAACCAGAGCAGCAGCAAAGGACUGAGUGCACAGUGUCACAACUGAGCUUUUCACGCACAUGGUGGAAGAAAAUGGACUGAGAAACAAAGAUGUUUCAUAACUAAUGAAACAUGUUCAGUACAUGCAAAUGUGCUGGCGUGGGAUCCAUUCAUUUGCACUGCAAGCCAAUGAUGAAGAGUACUUGUGAUAGAACUGUUUGCAUUAUGUGGAGAUUUUUUUUUCAUAAAUUCUGAAGUUUGUUAUAUUGCAUUUUAUGCUCAUGUUAACAUGGACACAACUGCUGUAAAAAAGUUUAAAGAGCGAUAUACACUAUUGCUGGAAAUAGUCUUAGCUUUUAAAAAAAAAUGGUUUUACUUAAAUUAUUAUAAUAAAAAGCAGAGUGCCAGUCACAAUAGGUAGACUUGAAACAGAGCUAGAAGAGUUGUUUUAUUUGUGCAAAAAGAAAAUAAAAAUUGAGGAGACAGUUGCUUAGACAACUAAAAUGGCAAGUUUAUUCUUGCUGCUGUUACCACGGGCACAUUGAUUUUGCACCUCAUGUUGUUAGAAGACACAUAGUUUGGGUGGGUAUUAGUGACAUCUGGAUUUGUUUUUAUUUUCAGUUGAUAUUGGAAAAAUUACCGAAUAUAUCAGCGCAAAUAUUUCUGAAGGAUUUUUUUUCCCUCAAACUUUUGUUUACAAAAGUGAAAAAAUAUUCAUUUCAAAAUAUGAAUAUUGACAUUGGCCAAUAUUGAUUACUGACCACAACAGCACAACAAAUAUAGUCCAUCACUAAUGGAUUGACAUAUUUAGAUAAAUAAUUGAAUGAAUUCCAUUAAUGUACAAAAUUUUACUUUAUCC